AUGGAAGGUUCGUCGUCGUCGACGAUCGCAAGGAUGACAUGGGAGCUUGAAAACAACAUUCAAACCGAUUCAGCCUCCGACGGAAUCUUCUACUACGACGACACUGCGCAGAGCAAGUUUCAGCAGGAGAAACCAUGGGCGAACGAUCCUCACUACUUCAAGCGAGUCAAGAUCUCAGCGCUCGCUCUCCUUAAGAUGGUGGUUCACGCGCGAUCCGGUGGCACAAUAGAAAUCAUGGGUCUUAUGCAGGGUAAAACCGAUGGUGAUGCAAUCAUUGUCAUGGACGCUUUCGCUUUGCCAGUUGAAGGAACGGAGACGAGGGUUAAUGCUCAGGCCGAUGCGUAUGAGUACAUGGUUGACUAUUCACAGACUAACAAGCUCGCUGGGAGGUUGGAGAAUGUUGUGGGAUGGUAUCACUCACACCCUGGAUAUGGAUGCUGGCUCUCGGGGAUUGACGUAUCUACGCAGAGGCUUAACCAACAGUACCAGGAGCCGUUUAGCGCUGUUGUUAUUGAUCCCACGAGGACUGUUUCAGCUGGUAAAGUUGAGAUUGGAGCAUUCAGAACAUAUUCAGAAGGAUAUAAGCCUCCAGAUGAACCUGUUUCCGAGUAUCAGACUAUUCCUCUAAAUAAGAUUGAGGACUUUGGUGUUCACUGUAAACAGUACUAUUCGUUGGAUAUCUCUUAUUUCAAGUCAUCUCUUGAUAGUCAUCUUCUGGAUCUCUUAUGGAACAAGUACUGGGUGAACACUCUUUCUUCUUCCCCACUGCUGGGUAAUGGAGACUAUGUUGCCGGACAAAUAUCAGACUUAGCUGAGAAGCUUGAGCAAGCAGAGAGUCAUCUGGCUCAUUCUCGCUUUGGAGGAAGUGUGCCAUCGUCUCUUCAUAGGAAAAAAGAGGACGAGUCUCAAUUAGCUAAGAUAACUCGGGAUAGCUCAAAGAUAACUGUUGAACAAGUCCAUGGACUAAUGUCGCAGGUUAUCAAAGACGUAUUGUUCAACUCAGUUAGCCAGAUCAACAAAUCUCCCACUGACUCGUCGGAUCCAGAGCCUAUGGUUACAUCCUGA